GGAAGCAAGACAGGUCUGUUUCUGCUCCUAUCGUGGGCUCUGACAUCGUCGGAUAUCCCUCCCUGGUGUUGGUGACCAUCAAGAGCAUCACGGUGUGAAUUUCGAAAGCAGCGGUUGCAUGUAAUACUCUUGCGGAAGCAAUUCUGCCCAUAAAGACGUUCGAAUCGAGAGGCUGAUGAGAUUCCCGUGAUCGUGCGCUGGUCAUCCUCGUUCAACCAUCUCUGAUCCUGCUCUGGAGACUUGACUUCCUCUCUGAGUAGCCCAGCGGCUCGAACCCCCGGUCAGGAGACAAUGGAAGCGGCCGAGCAUCCGGAGGUGAAUUUCUUGUCGGAGAAAGUCUUCAAAAUUGUCAAACAAAUGGAGGCCUUGGCUGAAGAUAUUCUCGCCGAUAGACAGAAAAUGAUCGAGCUGGAUAAAAGGAGACAGAAGAAUCGUGAAGCUCUGAGAGCACUCAAGAAACUCGAGGCCGGGAAGACAGAAGCCUCGAGAACAUGGUGUGUUCACGGCAGCAGUUUCGUGCGCACCGACACUCGUGUAGCCGAAGCAGCUAUCUCAGCCGAGCAGUCUGAAAUCGAGAACGAGAUAGAAACCGUUCGAAAACGGAUGAAGAAGACGAUGCAGGAGCUCAGCUCACUCGAAGGUCGUAAAGGAAUCGAACACUUCGAUCUAAAACCCCUCAACAGAGACGAAAAAGACGCCCUUUAUAAAAUAAUAGGAGCAUCAUAGUCGCCUUUUGAUAAUGAUAAAUUAUUAUUCACGAAUAAAUGUUUG